CUAUCUUGAACUAUUUGAACUAUCUUGAACUAUUUGAACUAUCUUGAACUAUUUUGAACUUGUAUUUGAACUAGCACUUGAACUUGAACUAUCUUGAAUGUAUUGUAGCAUAAUCUUACCUCACAAACGUUAAAAUUUUUGCCUUCUGAAAGAUGGAUGAUGCUCCUUUUCAUUUUAACAAACCUUUUAAUAUUUACCCCCUCUCGUUACAGGUGUCUGGCUGUCACUUAUGUGUUUGUGUUUGUCUCCUGGAAAAGUAAUUGUUUUAUGUUGACAUCUUUUCAUUGUAUACAUUUGAACCAAAGAACCUUCAUCUCACCUCUUUUCCUAAUCUCAGAAGAGAUCCUGCUCUCAGAAGAGAGUGUCCCACACUCAAGAAGGGUGUGCGUCUUUAUCCAUUUCAUCACAUUUCACCCACGGGAGACCGUGGUAGAGUUGUAUAAAGAAUCCACAGAAGAAAUAACUGAAAAAGAAAAGAAAUUACUGAAAAAGAAAAGAAAUUACUGAAAAAGAAAACAGGAACCAGGUGAGACUCCUGGAUAUAUAAUCAAUAACAGGAACCAGGUGAAACUCCUGGAUAUAUAAUCAAUAACAGGAAGCAGGUGAAACUCCUGGAUAUAUAAGCAAUAACAGGAACCAGGUGAGACUCCUGGAUAAAUAAGCAAUAACAGGAACCAGGUGAGACUCGUGGAUAAAUAAGCAAUAACAGGGACAGUGUGUUAGAAAAACAAACAGGCUUGAUAGGAAUAAAUACAAUUUAUCAAAUUACAGUUUUGAGAAAUAAAAGGCAAGUUUGCAAAAAGUGGGAAACAAACUUGAGAUAUUUUCAGUUGUAGGGAUACAAUAAAGUGUGUUUGCUUACAAAGAACUUUGGGUGAGCGUAUUGGAAAUUCAUUAACCAGUGAUAAGAUUAAUUAAUCAGAAGAAAAGCAGGAUAUUUGAUCGUUUACAGAUUUUUUUCAAAAGGAAGUAAGCGUGGUAAAAUUGAAAAAGGAGUGGGGAAAAUUGAAGAAAGAAAAGAAGGUUUAGAAAUACAAGUGAACUAGAGUAGUUGGAUAGAAGAUAUUUGAUUACAGAGGUUUUUAAGUUAAAAGAAAAAGAAGUGAGUUUGAAAAAUUACAAAGAGAGUGAGUAAAAUUGAAGUCAAGAGAACAAGUAACCUUGAGUAGUUUGAAAGAGCAUAUUUUAUUACAGAGAGGUUUUUUUAAAGAAAGGAGUAAGCUUUAAAUUACAAAGAGUGAGGACGAUUGAAGAGAGUAAGGUUCAAAAGUUUAUAGAGUUAGACAAAAAAAAAGGAAGUGACUGAUAAAUUACACAUACUGAAGUCAAGUGUGGAGAAUUGAAGAGAAUUAAGUGCAGAGAUACAAGUGGGCUUGAGUAGUUGCAGAGAGGGUAUUUGAUCAUUCACAGAUUUUGUUUAAAAAAUCCCUGAUAAAUUACAAAAAGAUUGAGGAAAAUUGAAGUAAGAGGAAACGUAAAUACAAGUGAGCUUAGGUGGUUGGAAAGAAAAUAUUUGAUUAGAGAGUUUUUAGAAUAAAAAGACCGGAACUUGGUAAAUUACAUAUUCGUGAGGAAAAUUAAAGCCAGAGAACAAGAUUGAGAAAUAAAGUGGGCUUAAGAACUUUGAUAGAGGAUAUUUGAUGACACUUUUUUUUUUAAUUUAAGAAAGAGGUAAGCUUGAUUAAUUACAAAAGCGUGAGAAAAGUUGAAGUAAGAGAAUAAAGUCCAGAACUUACAGAGUUUAGAGAAAAGGAGGUGUCUUUGAUAAGUUGAACAUAUUAAAAAAAAAGAAAAAAAGGGUGAGGAAAAUUGAAGAGAAUAAGGUUCAGAAAUACAAGUGGGCUUGAGAAGUUGCAGAGAAGGUAUUUUAUCAUUUACAGAGUUUUGGAGAAAAGAAGGGAGCGUGAUAAAUAAAAAGAAUAAGGAAAUUAUUAAAGAGAUCAAGGUAGAAAAAUACAAGUGGGCUUGAGUGGUUGGAAAGAAAAUAUUUGAUCACAGAUUUUCUUUUCUUUUUUUUAAAGUGAGCUUGAUAAAUAACAAAAGUAGAAAAAUUGAAGUAAGAGAACAAGGUUUAGGAAAAACAUAUAAGCUUAAGUAGUUUCAUAGAGAGUAGGAAACGUGUUAAUAUAACUAAUAUUCAAGUAAUUAACUAAAGUUUGUUGAUAAAGAAGAGAGUUGAAGGAAAUUUUGAUAAGAUAUUCAGUGUUUGUAUUAAGUGACUUUCAUUACAAGGAAAAUAACAUUAUAAUAAACCCUUAAGUGUGAAAAGGGGAUAAACAAUUUUGCAUCGAGAGUGACAGAGUCCACUUGCGAGUCUGCUUCAUUGACAAACAGAUUUUAAAAAUUGUCGGGGAACUAAAAGUUUUUAAUAAAGUAUUGCACUUUGAAGAGAUAUAUUGCAGAAUAGAUACAAAGAUUCGUACGUGAAAUCUUUAAAAGUAUUACCUUCUUGUACAUCCAAAACACAUCAAGGCAUUUAUUUGAAUAUUACUAAUUAGACUGUAAACUUUUAAUAUUGUGCAUUUUAUGCCUAUUGCGAUAAAGAGAUUGAAGAUGGCUGCCACUCAAUUCAGCUCUAUUGUUCAUGAGAUUCUAAGCAUGCUUUCCAGUUACACAUCGAUGAUCAACACAGAUGUUGAUGAAUGUUAUUGCAUGGAUAAGAUCAAUAAAAGUGACAACUAUGUAACAUGCGAGUCUUGUACCAACCAUUUCCAUGUGACUUGUGAGGAAUACUUGAACAAUGAAAAACUUGCUGACCAGAGAUUGAUUUGGAUUUGCUCAUGCUGUGGUCAUAGCAAUAUUGGCGAUCGAAUAUUUGACAAAGUAUGUAUUCCAUCUCAUUAUAACAGAUAUGAGCCUCUCAUGUCAGCAGAUGACGAUGAUGACAAUGACGAUGAGAACAUGGAGAUCUUCAAACAGACAAGACGAGUAAGGACAUCAAAGAAGAGAUUCUGAUCAACGCUCUAACCAAAGAACUUGCAACAUUCUGGAAAAGAUGCAGGAUUUGAGACGAUACAGAGUCUACGCAGGAGGUAAAAGAGGAAGAGGUCGAAAAAGGAACAUGAAAGAUGUUUCAGAUGGUGUAGAAGAAGAUGCAGUGUUUGACAGUGACCUGAAGAAUAGAAGCUUUGAUACAGUAAAAGAUGGUACAGACAAUGAUACUGAUAUGUCAUUUAAUGAUCAUGCUCAUUCAAGGAAUCCUUUAGAAUCUUCUUCAGAUUCAAAUAUCAAAGAUGAAGACAUUGAAAAGGCAAUAGAUGCUAAUAUGUACACAUGUACUGAUGAAACAGAAACAGAAGUUGAAUUUGUAGCAGAUCUUGGAUUACGUGGUAGACCGGAUAAAGAUUUCAAAUUUGUACCCCUCCAGAAUAAUGACAAACAGAACAUUUGUUCAAAACUGAAUAUCAGAUAUAUAGGCAAAGGCUGUGAUUCAAGGUUAGAUAGAAAUAGCUGUCUUGGAGUUCCUUUACAGAGUAAACAAAUUACUGGUGAUGGCAAUUGUUUCUUUCGUGCAAUUUCCUAUGUAAUUUCUGGAACUGAGCAUAAUCAUGCAAUUUUAAGAAAUGCCACUGUGAAACAUUUAUUGCAAACCAAGGACAUGUUUAGUAAUACAUUGAGGCAAGAAUAUAGAACAGUCAGAGAAUAUGUUUUGAAACGUAGAAUAAAGGAAGACGGAACGUGGGCUACAGACACUGAAAUUAGCGCUUUAGCAAAUUUAAUCGAUACUGAUAUUUAUUCAUACAAUGACCAAGUACCAUGUUGGCAAUUGUACUCCGCAAAGAAACCUGGAAGAAUCAAUAUUGUUACAUCUGAUAAGGGAAUUUAUAUACUGUACACAGGAAAUGUUCAUUUUAAUGUUGUUGAAUCUGUAGAUUUUGUCAAUUUCAAUUCAUUGGAACAGACAAGAACAACUAAAGAAGAUAGAACGUCAAAGAGAACUUUGCCAUGUCCAUCAAUUCAGGCUGAUGUUAAAGUAAAGCAUGUGUUGAAGAAGUGUAGAUCCAAGUCGCAGAUAGAGGAAGAAAUUGAUGAAGUAGUGGAUAAGUCUCCUGAAACAUUUCAAAACCAUGUUGAUCCAAAGGGAAAAAAACGUAGGCUCACGUUGGAGACUGGUACGAUAAAUCACGAUGAGAGGAAAGGUACUGCAAAUCUUUUGGACAUGACAUAUGAACAGUGUGCAAGUAAUCAGUCUGAAUCAGUCGUUCACAACGAACGUAACACCAAGGAUGAAACCCUUGAAAGUGAUCACAAAGACAAAUGCACGAGAGUCGAUACACAAAUAAUGCUUGUUGCCCAAGGGACAUUCAAUCAAGGUGAUACAAGAUUUGGUGACUUAAGUGGAAAGCAGUGUGUUACCAAUUCACUUUCUGCACUGUUGUAUAGCAAGGUAAAAAAUGCCAAUGAUUGGAAAAGUACAGAUCUAGACAGGAUUUUGAAUAACGGUAAUGAAUUAUACUGUUACAUACGGCGAUCCACUUCACUCGACAACCAAUACUUAUUGAUAUCUGAUCUAUUUGAAUAUUUGGAUGCGUACAAUGAAUUGUUUAACAUAGUACGCCGUGAACCAGUCACUGGAUUGUUAGAUGGAGAUGAAUUGAUAUUGGCCCAGUCUCUUUCGAUGACAUUGAAGCAAGCACUCGAAAAAGAACUCUGUACUGAUUCUGAUGCAUGUUUUGUGACAUUUGCUAGAAGUACUUUCAUUGUAUUAUCUGGUCAAGAUGGUUUCUUUAUAUUUGAUUCACAUUCCAGAAGCAGUCGAGGUUUCCUGAGUUGUAACGGACACAGUGUUGUACUUCGUACUCAAAGCUGGCAAGGUUAAGGAUUGUCGACCUGAUCCGUAUAUUGAAGUUGGAACAUUCCAUGAACCUUGCAAAGUGCUCGUUUUUUGACUGAGUUGGAGUAGGAGACAGGGUACAGGGAAACCAUCACUCUGAAGGAGACACUCAAAUCAGAGAUCAAGCUUGAACGUGACAAUGAGACAUGCAAGUAUUUAAGUAAAGAGGACCGUCAACAAGAAACUCUCUUCCUUAUUAUAUUAAAACAAUUUCGUUUCUUAAUUCUUUUAAAUCAAAACUUAUGGUUUUUUUAUUCACAAACUCUACAAA